CCCAACUUUACCGCCACUCUCGUUAAAGUCCCCCACCGGUACCCCACCUGCCAAGGGUAUGUCCCAUCACAGAAAGGGUAUGUCAGGUACGACGAAACACUUGGUUUAGACAUAUUGAGGCGUUAUUCUUCUCCGCCAUGACCGCCCUCGAAGACAAUGAAGCUUUCGAAUUACUUAAUGACAAAGCUGUUGAACAGAUAGUCUACAGCAAUCUCGGUCUUGUAACUUUGAACGAUUGUGUCAAAUCGUCCAUUGCCAAUGCUAAAGAAAUAAUUAUUUUCCUCAAAAAGCAAAGCUCUAUUUAUGAAGACUACAGUCGAAACCUAGGCCGCUUAUCCAAAUCUACAAAAGACACAUUUAAGCACACACAGUUGCAAACUUCUUUUCACAAUGUUAUGAGCUCUAUGAUCACAUUUCAUGAAGACAUAUCUCAAAAUGCUUCACUCUACGCCAGAGCUUCAGAAAAAUCUUCCAACGAAUUUGCUGAUUUUCUCAAAGCAAGCGAGAAGAAACGAAAAUCAAUCAAAGAAUACGCAAAGAAACAAGAGUUCGUCUACACAGACGCCAUGUCUCAGUUAGAGAAAGCUACCGCACGUUUUAAAGUGGCCGAACAAGACUAUAAUCGUGCUACGGAGAUUAAGACCGGCGAGAAAAAACCUCUGUCGUUCGUAUUCAACAAAAAAUCCAACGCACAGCUACUGAAGCACGAAGACGAUACACGCGUAAAAGUCGAGAUGGCGGAAACGGAUUUAGCAAGCAAAACGGAGAAUGCAAAAUCUGUUCAACGUGAACUGCUUCUUAUUCAUAGGCCAAACUACGUGAAGCGAUUCCUUAGUUUGCUUCGAGAAAUUGAUGCCGCUUUAAGAGCGCACAUGAUACGUUAUACUCGUUUGAGCGAGAGUUACGUCCUCCACAACGGUUUGACUCUGCGACCCCAACCAACGUCCAUUUCAAAACAAGCGAUGCAAGACAUCUUCAACGAUUUGAAUAUGACCGGAGACAUACGUUCCUAUUUAUUGUGGUCUGCGGAAAAAAAUAAGAGUAUAAGCAAUGCUGCUGACGCUGCCAAUACGAACAUUGUGCUCCCUAUCUCUACCCUUAAAGCUAUGCCAGGCUCUGAACUUACGCUCGGCGGUGCUAGCGCCGCGGGACAGUCGGCGGAGAGACUACCGGACUCAGCUCAGGCGGCUAUGCUUGCCUCGCCCCCGAAGCCAAAUGCCCUACUUUACAACGGAUCUGCAUCUGGAAGAAACAGCUUGCGCAGCAGUGCUUUCUCUACUUCUGAAUCACUUAGCGAGACUCUUGCAACCGUUCCAAAUACAAUUGCCGCAUCAACAACCCCAGUUCAUUCUACAGCAGGCACACCGGAAAAGCCUGCGACCAGUAAGUUUUUCGGUGUACAUUUGGAGGCGCUUCUUUUACGCGAACAUGCAAAUGUUCCAAGCAUUGUUCGUAUAUGUACCACAGUGGUCGAAAAGCACGGACUUAUGUUAGAAGGUCUCUACAGAGUUUCGGGAUCAACCGCAAAGAUUAAUCACUAUAAAUCACUUUUCGAAAACGGGGAUCCGGAAAUGCUUAUAUCUGAAACUCUUGAACCAACGGAAGUGUAUAGCAUUGCUGAUAUGCUGAAAUCCUUCUUUCAUAAUUUGGCUGAGUCUUUAAUUCCAGACUCACAUAGACAAGAUUUUGUACGUGCUGGUAAUGUUGAGGACGAAGCACGUAGACGUGACGCUGUACACAAGGUUGUCAAUGAUUUGCCGGAUGCAAAUUAUUCCGUCGUACGGCACAUGUCCAUUCACUUGGCGAAAGUGAAAGAGUGUCCCAAUGUUAAAAUGUCUACCCACAAUUUGGCAAUCAUUUGGGGACCGCUGCUGUUACGUGAUGUCUCUAUUCCAGAGAAGACUAGUUUUACAAAAGUGGUCGAAAUUCUGUUGGAUUACUGCUUCACUAUUUUUGACUAGACAUAUCCAUUCCACAAAUCUACACUUUCAUUAAGCAUAGCAUCAACAGACAUUAUAGUACAUUUUUAAGCUUAAUAUAAUCUAUAAUUCAUUGUCUUACACUAAA